AUGACGAAGGCAAGAGGAGAAGGGGUGAAGCGGCGAUGCUGGUGCUGCCCACCACCGCUCUGCCGGCUGUCGUGCCGCCUCUCCUCAUUCCUCCACCGCACCUGUCUCGGCAGCUGCGCCGCUGCUCCCCACCACCACCUGUGCUGCACCGGCGCUCGUAGCCACCGUGGCUGCCCCCAACUGCCACCCCCGACUCCACCACCACCUGCGCUGCACCGGCACUCGCAGCCACCGCGCCCGGCUCUCCUCUCCUUAAGUCCACAUAACACCCUCCCUCGGCUCCCUCUCUCUCUCCGGCCGACAUGUGGGACCCGAGGCCCCACAUGUCAGGACCGUCCCCAACCUUCGGCCGGCCUCCAUGGCCGCCGAAACCACCCCACGACGCCGCCUCCUCCGCGCGCCUCCACGCUCCCAUGCGCGUGUGGACGUGGUCCACCCCACGUCCUCCCCUUCCUCCACUUUCUCCCCCAUUUUCCCCCAAAAAUCGGCGCCGUUCAAGCCCCACUCGCCCACGUCGCCGGAGCUCCCUCCGCCGGCCGUUGCCGCCCGCCACGACCACGAUCUCCACCUCCGGGACCUAUAAAAAGCAUCCCCGGGGCCCCCUCUCCCAUUUUCCCCAAAUUCCCGAGCUCCCCGCGCCCUCUCCCGCCGGCGAUCUCCAGCCGCGCGCCGCCGCUGCUACCGCCGUCGCCGCGCCUCACCGCGUGUGCCAUCAGCUUCGCCGUCCCGCGUCGCACGCCGGCCUCCACCCGGUUUCCUUCAACCGCCAUCGGAACCACCUCCCCACCGUGUAACCUCUCUCCGCCGCUUGCCGCCGAACUCCGGCCGCCGCUCCUCGCCACGCUAGCCACCGCCAAGCCGCGCCACCGCCACUGUCGGCUUCACCUCUCCAAGCCGAGCACCGGCCACCUCCUCGUUCCUCCAAUCCACCACCGAGCCGCCCUCCCCACUACCAACCAGAGCUACCGUCGCCAUUUCCGCCUCCGGACGCGCCGCGCCGCCUCUUCAGUCCGCCCCGUGCUGUGCCGUCGCCCUCCCCGGUACCGCAGCCGUCGUCCGUGGCUCGGCAAUCCCUCCGUGUUCGCCAGUCGUCGCCGGACUCAUCUUCCCGUGCCUCCCGAAUCCGUCGUUUCGGAAGUCCGCUGUCGCGAAGAAAAGAGUUCAGAAGAUCAAAGUGAAGAAGCAAGGCAAGUCACACAUUCCCCUUGAGCAUGUUGAGCCUACUUUACAAAUGUUUUACUGUUUGCAAAUAAAUAUGCAUGUUUUGCCAAUUACAUGGGAAUCGGGUUUACCUAGCUGCUCGCUUGUGCCAUGUUUACUUGAUAUCUGUCCUUUGUCAACCUUGGGUAAUAAAUCGACUAGCUCAUGUUACUUAUGUGACCUAGCUAGAACUAUAUGCUUAGCCAUGCUUAAUUAC